AUGGCAAAGAUCAUUUUCUAUGAGGGCAGAAACUUUGAGGGCCACUCCUAUGAGGUUACUUCAGAUCAGCCAGAUAUGCAGCCUUACCUAAACCGCUGCAACUCCAUCAGGGUGGAAAGUGGCUGUUGGAUGAUCUACGAGCGCAGCAACUGCACAGGCCAUCAGUACUUCCUGAAGAGGGGAAGAUACUCAGACUACCAGCAGUGGAUGGGAUUCAAUGACUCCAUCAGGUCCUGCAUCCUAAUCCCACAGGGCACCAGCAGGAUCCAAAUUUAUGAGAAGACUGACUUUGGAGGCAGGAUGAUGGAGUUCAUGCAUGACUGUCCUUCUCUCCAUGAAGUAUUUCAUUAUGGAGAUAUCCAGUCUUGCCAAGUUUUGGAAGGAUACUGGAUUUUCUAUGAGCAGCCAAACUACCGAGGACGACAGUACCUCCUGAGACCCAGAGAGUACAGGAGGAUCACUGAGUGGGAAGCCAUAACCUCCAGGGUUGGAUCCCUGAAGCGCGCGGUGGACAGUUACUAAACCAUACACAUCUUCAAGUGGUGAAUGCUUCUUUUCAUUGGUUAUGUUACUCUGUUGGGAUUUUGAAAGGUGGGAUUUUGAAAGGUGCCUGCCUAAUGGAGUUAAGCUGGGACAAAAUGAUCCAGUUUGUUCACCUUCCUCACAAGUCUAACAUCAAGGAAAGUGUGCAGCAUUGUGCUCAUGACUUUGGCCCUGGGUCAGAAAACCAAGUAUGAAACACAUAAAGGAACGUAAAAUGCUGAAGGGGAAUUUGAUCUGCAGAGUGAGGUGUAUAUAAACUGCUGCAUGAUUUGGCCCUCAGUAAAAAACUAUUCUCCGUUCCUGUAGGAAGAGAAGCAAACAUUCAGCUUCCUGGUUUCCCUAAUCCUAACAGAGAUUCCUCAUCUGAGUGUUUGUUCCCAUAGUAUAGAGUUACUGGGCUAUGUUCUGCACCUCCAUUCCCUGGGAGCUGUAGCUUUAGGGGGCAGCCUGAAACAUUUCUCAUGGAAGUACUAUCCAGUGAGAAAACCUGGCAUAAUUGGUCCCAUAGUUCUCCUGCAAGUAGCAUCCUAGUUCUAGAUGUGUAGUGGAAGUUAAGAGUUUUAACUAAUUCUUCAGUACCAGGACACAUGGACUAGACUGGGGCAAAGCAUUUCACAUUGCUACAUACUACCUCUGUUAACAAAUCUUUUCCUGGCAAUCUGCAGUAAUAGUAAGAUUGGUAUGAUGUUGCUGAAUAAACCUUUUGAGCU